UUUCGGUUACCAAAAAAUUCUUCUGCUGAAUGAGUGUAACUUUAUGGCCAGAUACAUGAGGCCCCCAAACACGUCUUUGUUUGUCCGAAACAUCUCCGAUGAAUCCAGGCCUGAGGAUUUGCGGCGUGAGUUUGGCCGCUAUGGGCCGAUAGUAGAUGUCUACAUCCCACUUGACUUCUAUACACGUCAACCAAGAGGAUUUGCAUACAUUCAAUUUGAGGAUGUGCGUGAUGCAGAAGAUGCUCUUCACAGCUUGGACAGGAAGUGGGUUUGUGGCCGGCAGAUUGAAAUCCAGUUUGCCCAGGGUGACCGAAAGACACCAAACCAGAUGAAGUCAAAGGAAAGGCGUUCUCCGGGCAGAUCUUCCCGAUACGAUGACUAUGAUCGCGACAACCGGCGCAGACGUUCACGCAGCCGCAGCUACGACCGAUACAGAUCACGCAGCCCGUCUUAUGAUCGUCAUCGCAGACGGUCGGAGAGUCCUCGAGAGUCUCGUGGACGGAUGUAUGCGAGAGGAAGAAGCAGGAGCCGCGAGGACGACAGAUACAGGCAGAGGCCUCGCAGAGAGUCCAGAGGGAGAUCUCGAUCACGCUCCAAAUCGGCAUCUCCACGAGAGAACGUCAACCCAGCGUCGACUUCCCAUUACACCGAGGAAGAAGUGAGACGGACACACUCCCCAUCCCGCUCCAGGUCCCAGUCCGCGUCGAGAUCACGCUCCCGUUCACGCUCUCGGUCCCGAUCUUGGGCCGGACGCAAGUCAGGAGGACGCUAGCACAGUAUCUGCUCCCCCUCUUCUCCGUCAUUAUGUCAGAUGGACCGGAGUUGGUCAUUUGUCGAGAAAAGAUUUGUUUGUUUUGACAUGAAUGUAACGUCCACUGAAGCAUUUGUAGAAAGCUUGUCUUUGCGGCUCCAUUUUAAGAACAAUGCUGGUCCUUCGCUUGGUUUUAUGAAAUUGUUUUGGUAAGAUGUCCUGAUAGGAAUAUGAAACGUUUAACGGUUUCUGUGUUCAGUGGUAGUAGGCCAGGAAUAAUUGUCUUUUUUUAUACAUAGUUACUGACUUUUGCUCUCUAAACCCUAUGCACCCAUUUUUGCAAAAAAGAACAUUCAGUAUUUUAACAGGAAAUCAGUCUGUUGAUGAACCAAACCAGCGUUUCUGUGUGUUUUAUCACAUUUAGAACUAAUCUGGUACAUUUUACUUUACUGACCUCUUUGUGUAGAUUUUUUUGUUUUUCUUCUGCCACAUGUUCAGUUUCAGUUUUAAGUUUCAGAAACUUAAAACUUGCUUGAGAUAAUCUGUCGUAGUGAACAUUGAGAUCAUCAUCAUCAUCAGUUUAUUACUCCACUACUCUCAGACUGAUCAGCUCAUUUCCAUCACUCAGCUUGACGAAGAAAGACUUGUAGUUUUAAGUCACAGUAAGUCAAAGAUUUCCAUACUGCGGAAAUGAGCCAGUGGCUGUCUGGAAGAAAAACAUCAAAAAAUAUAUCGGCUAUGGUCUGUGUCGGAAAAUGAUCGGCUGUGGUGUUUAGUAUGUGAGCGCUGGGGCAAAAAUGCACAGAAACGCUGCUCUGGGCCUUGAAAGUGUUAAAACUUUGUCGACCAGUGACUUAAACCACAAACUGCUUAAAAUGUACAUGAGUCUGUUUUCAUUCAGUGGUGUUUUCUGUAAGAUCAAUCCUUUUGAAGAGCUAUUUUAUUUUUUGAAACAUUUCUCUAAAUUUCAGUUCUGAGAGGAGGAACAAAAGUUUCUCAUCUGUUUCCACGACUUGAUGGUUUUUCCAGAAUGAAUAUCGUCACUGCAUGUUUUAUUCUCCUAAUCUUCUAUCUUUAGUAGGAAGAAACUGUUAUUUUGAGUAAUAAAUGGAUAACAUUCAGUC